AUGGCGAACCACGAGGACAAUGUGAAAGCUAUCAUCGCACAAAAAUUUGAUGUGCCCAUCCAUGAGGUGACAGCCGACACCAAACUUAAGGACGGCCUGGCUACAGACGACCUUAAAAAGACACAGAUAUUAACGGCCCUCAGUGAGAGGUUUGAUAUAUACGUCGCGGACGAGGAUAUGAACGAUUUUACCACGACUAACGUCAGGUUGUAUAUUAAAGCUCAGGAUGUCAUUGACUACGUUGGAACGAAGCUGUGGUGUCGUGGCACACAGUUUAACUAUUUUCAAAUCCUCGACGGUACCGUCAGGCUGAAACGAAAGCUACAAGCACUCCUCAACGAGUAUACACUAGACACCCCGGGUGGCUUCUAUAUUGCUCUGUUGGCCCCGAAUGGAUAUGAAUUUAUCAUAGGGGUUCUUGCUGUUCUGGCAAUCGGUGGAAUAGUCGUACCGAUGCCAACAGGCGCACUCCCUGCGGAAGCAUCGUACAUUCUUACGCAAUGUGAUGCAAAAUACCUCCUUGCCACCUCCGAGCUGGCCAGCCUCGCUGCAAAAAUCAAAGAUGAAGUCAACAUCCCUGCUCUUAUUAUUGAAGAGGCCAGCGCAACUGCGGACGAUAAUAUACUUCCAUUGGCAAGCUAUCACCUGGACUCGGCCCUCGCAGUGUCAGAAGAAACACCAAGUAUACUAUUGUUCACAUCAGGAACAACCGGCCCUCCAAAGGGUGUCCUACACGCCCGCCGGACAAUAAACAAAUACGCCCGACAGGAAGAAGCAAUCGAGCCAAAUGACGAGCUCUGCAUCAUACCACGCGGUGCCUUUUGGUCAAUCUAUUUCACAAAACUAUUCCAGAUGCUACUGACAGGUAUCCGUGUCGAGGUCCAUAAUUUCGGGCGAAACUAUAACCUAAUCUGGGAGAGGCUGCGGGAGCAAACGGCUACCAAAAUCGUGCUGUCUCCGACUUUUUGGUAUGGGAUGAUGACUUAUUUCCAGACCCAUAUUUCCGUCAAGUUUCCCCGGGAUGUUGUUGAUGAGUACGUAAAGGGGGCACAGUACCUGCGCGAUACAUGCGCAACAGGUGCUAUGGCUUCGGGCCGUAUCAAGAAGUUCUGGCGAGAGAUGUGUGGAGGUCUACCGCUUAAGCAAUUGUAUGGCUCUACGGAGACGCAGGAGAUAUCUGUCAGCGAUGGAGAAGUGGGGAGUCUAGAGGAUGACUUGGGAACUCCCCUCCCGAAUGUGAUUAUGAAGCUAUCUGAAGGCGACGAAGGAGAGGUCCUUGUCAAGACACCCUCUCUGUUCAUCGGUUACUUGAACUCUCCUGACGCAACGGCAAAACGGUUUGAUUCCGCAGGAUUUUUCAAGACUGGGGAUCUGGCCAUCCUCCAAGAUGGACGGUAUAUCUUCAAAGGAAGAGCAAACAUGGAUCUUUUCAAAUUUUACACCUACAAAGUUCCCCGAGGAAAUGUUGAGGCUGCUCUAAGCGCACUGCCGUAUGUCUCGGAGGCAUAUAUCAUGCCCGUGGCUGAUCCACAGUGUGACACACGGACAGCGGCCCUUGUGCGCUUUUGUGAGAAUGACGAUUAUCCUGAUCGUAAGAAGUUUGAUUUGCAGUCUAUCCGAGACGACCUGGCCACCGAUAUGGGCCUCCCUGCGUACCAAUUGCCAACUGUGCUGAGGGUCUUAAGGGAACACGAGUCGGUUCCUCGGACGUGGUCGGAUAAGACUGCCAUGGUGAAAGCGAUUAAAGUAUUUUUCCCGCUCGACAGCGAGAACAGAAUUUGCGGUGAGCAGACUGAGAUUCUGGAUGUAAGUGAUUUCAUGAAGAUGCAGACCACAAAGUUGUGGGAGUUGUCGGGGAUGCGGUAG